AUGGGUCAAAUUUGUGAUGCACUAAACGAGAGACAAAAAGGAAAACUCCCUAGUCAACCUCAACAAAUUCAGAAAAGUGCAUUUCAGGAAAGCACCUCAACUUGUAAUGAGUCCUCUCAUAGUCAAGUGAAUGUUGUCACCACUCUUCGUAGUGGUAAGGUUGUUGACAAAAAUUUAGGUGUAUCCCAGUCGAGUGAGUCUAAAUUAGACUCACCGAUGCAUACAACUCCACAGAAAACACCCAUUGUGGAGAAGAAAUCUGAGCAUGAUAGUGACUCUGAGAAUUCCACUGAUGUUAAUGUCCAUGCACCAUCUAUUGUGCCCGCUGCCCCUUUUCCACAACGGUUGGUGCAGCAGAAGAAAGGUACCAAAUACAAUGAGAUGUUAGAAAUGUUUAAACGAGUCAAUAUAAACAUUCCUUUUCUGGAAGCAAUCAAGCAGAUACCUGCUUAUGCUAAAUUCCUGAAAGAUUUAUGUACACAAAAGCGGAAGCUUCAUGUGCAUAAGCGUGCCUUUCUCACUGAGCAGUUAGAUCUUGGGGAGCCGAAACCCACUCCUGUUACGCUAAAAUUAGCGGACAUAUCUGUAAAAAUUCCUCGUGGUAUUGUUGAAGAUGUGUUAAUCAAGGUUGAAAUUUUUUAUUUCCCUAUGGAAUUUAUUGUUUUAUAUACUCAACCUGUGCAAAACCCAAAUUGUCACAUUCCUGUUAUUUUAGGAUGUCCUUUCCUGGUGACGUCUAAUGCUAUUAUAAACUGUCGUAAUGGAGUGUUGAAUUUAUCUUUUGGUAACAUGAAUGUAAACCUGAAUGUUUUUAACAUUAUUCAACAACCCAUUGAGUGUGAUGAUACUGAUUUGCAUGAGAUUAACAUGAUUGAGAGUCUGAUCCAAGACUCAUUGCCUGACAUCUUAUCUGUGGACCUUUGCAAGCAUGAUGUUGUGGAACCACUUACACUUUCUGAUUCUGAGGCUACCCCGUCUCUUGAAGAAGAACCUAAGCUUGAUUUGAAACCAUUGCCUGAUACUUUGAUAUAUACUUUCUUAGGUUCUUCUGAGACUCUGCCUGUCAUUAUUGCAUCAUGUUUAGAAACAGAACUGGAAAGUCAACUUUUAGAAGUUUUUAAAUAA